AUGCUCCGUGUCAGAGCUAUCCACACGUGUGAGUCAUCCAGCCUUGUUUCUCCAUCUACCACUCCGUCUCGUUCGUUCCCUCCAUCCGUCUCGGGAGAGCGUUGGCUCAGACAGCAGGAAGGCUGCAGUAAACGCCAGCCCGCCCUACCUCAACCUGAGGUCCUUUACUGUUCCUCCACCCAGGGCUUCCUGGUGUCCUGCAUCCCAACACUCAACACCAUCCCCUCAACUUCAAACAUCAUAAAGAAGGUGAUUGGCCAGAAGUUUGUAUACAAGUUCGUCUCGUUCCCUGAUAUUCUGAAGAUGGAUCCCCAAGUGGUGGAGCUCGGUCGGGACAGGGGUCACGUCGCAGGGGGCAUCAUGUUGCAGGAGGUGGAAUCAGAUUGCGGCGAGGGGGAGGAGUCUCCAAAGCUGUCGCUGUCAUCGCUGAGAAGCCCCACCUGCAGGAACGAGUAUCUCCACUCUGGUCUGUACUCGUCCUUUACAGUCAGUUCCCUCCAAAGCCCGCCUCCACUGCUGCGUCCAAUCAAAGUCGAGAAGCAGCGAGGGGGCGAAAGAGGGGAGGAGGGACAAACGGUGAUUCGCUUUGUCACUAAUCGAUCAGAAAAGGUCGUUCCCCUGGCUUCCUCGCCGCCACCUGCAUCCGCGGAGGUCUUCUUUGCUUCAAAAACCUCCCCUUGUUCAUCCUGUAGUCCCUCCCCUUCUCAUAGCCCUGUCUACACGCUGCGGCCGGAGCGCAGCCCGGAGGCUCGCAUAGACGAAUCAGAGCAGAGCGCUCAGCCUCUAAAUUUAUCAUCCGGCCACAGGGAGCGAGCCCAGAAUCGGGCCACGCCCCCCGAGAGGAGGACCGGUAGCAACGGACUGCCUCCCAAAGCUCGGAAACCCAAAGGGCUGGAAAUCUCCGCCCCUUCCAUACUGCUUUCAGGAAGUGACUUGGGCUCCAUCGCCCUCAACAGCCCAGCACUGCCCUCAGGGUCACUUACACCAGCCUUUUUCACUGCACAGACUCCGUCUGGUUUGCUGUUGACACCCAGUCCUCUCCUGUCCUCCAUUCAUUUCUGGAGCAGCCUGAGUCCCGUAGCCCCUCUCAGCCCAGCCAGGCUACAGGGCCACGGGUCACUCUUUCAGUUCCCGACCCUGCUGAAUGGGCCGCUCCCAGUACCCCUCCCCAACCUGGACUCCUCUUCAUCAUCCUCCUCCUCCUCCUCUCUCCUCCUCUCCUCCAGCGCCCAGAAAUCCUGAUUUCUGGACACUCCACAUAUUCCCUCCCCAGAAUCAUACCUUUGCUCUCACACUAAGAAGGAAUUAUGGACCUUCAUGUCAUUUUUGAGCCAGACUGCACUUCACCCUCUUGUGGCCACCUACACCUAUAGCACCCUUAAGUUCUGUUGAAUUUUGGACCAGCAAACUGUGUGUUUUCUUCUUUAACUCAGGCUGCAAUCCAAACAGCUCACCAAAAUUCCUCCGCAAGCUCUUAAAAUAGGGAAUUAUGAUGAGGUAAUGCCAAAGAACAUGAAGUGUUCUUUUGAGAAGAUGGGUGAGUCAUUGGAAACAGAGCCUUAGAUAAUCAGUAUCCUGGAGAAAGUGGCAAGUUAUUCAAGUUAUUUAUCAUAAUCUCAAUUUCAGAUAGAAACAAACGAUGCUGGACGACGUAAACACGUUUAAAACAGCGUAGACUUUCUAAAGCAAAACUUCAGCGUUCCCUACUGUUCUCCAUUCCUAAGGUGCUUCAACUGGAGAGAUCUCGACCAGUUCAAAAAGAAGAAAUGUUUAAACCAUAUUAAAGGAAUCUCAUUAGCAUUUAAGUCUCUUUUUAAUCUUCCCGAGGCUGUGAACCGGGUUUCUGUUCGUUUGUUGUUUGUCUGGUAUUGUAUUGUAUAAUAUUGGGUUGUAUGCACUGUGCUUCAAAUGUACUACCGGCUGUGCCUUUUUUGUGUAAGAAUUGUGUAUUUGUAUUAUUUUCCUGCUUAAAUACGUUUUUGUAAUAGACGAAAUUCCAUUGCAAUAUUGGAAAGAAAAGCUUUGUAAUAGCUUUCGGAUUUUUUUUCAUUAAUGAAUUGAUUUAAAAAAAAAGUGUAUUCUCGUAUUAAUUUUAUAUUUUUUGCUUUUCAAGAAUCAAGAAAAUGUGCCUUGUGUUUUUAAAAUAAAAACAAGCGUUGAAUGCGACGCAACGCUCUCGCGUCUGAACGAACACCUUGCAUUUGUAGAUGACAGACACACACACAAAUAUAAAAAACAGACGACAGAGAGUUCGCUGUAUGAAACAGGCCAUGUUUACUUCACUGAUUAAGAGAAAUAAAUAUCUGCAGUACAAAGAGUUAAACGGUCAAUUCAGCCGACAAGCUGGGACUGAGAGCGUCAGUGCUUCACGGAGGCGGAGCUUACAGGACACCACGCACUCCAUGCGUCCCGUAUACACACGCAAUCACGCACACACUCACGCACGCACGCAUCUCCAGAAACAAUCGACUCCGAUUUGACAAUAUUAAUUAACAUCUGUCAGUUCAAAAAAACAAAAAACAGUCAUCUAAAAUCUGUUUGAUUUCUUCUGCGUUCUUCAUGUUUAUAAAUGCUCGGAAAAAGAAACAUUGGUCCAACGCUGCUGUCAAAAAUGUUUGUUGUUGUUGUUAUUACCUUUUUUCUUUUAUACACAAUAUCGUUUUCUCUUCUGAAUAAAAUCAAGCACAAAUGUGGGACAGUCGGACUCCAACAUGCCACAUUAAGAUACCAUUAUUCACAGAAGGGUCAAUAUGUAACAU